UCGAAACGGGGUCGACGAUAUUUGCAUAUUUCACUGGUGCGCUGGGUAUUUUUUCACUCCCUGCCCGCCGGCCGCCAUAGUUCGUUGUGUUGUUGCCAACCUGUUGUCCACGGAAUGAUGCCGGUGGAACAACGAAGAAAAAAAUCCCGGGUGGCGGGAUAGAAAAAUCGCGGGACUCGUUAGGAUUUAGGGUACGACUAUAAGAUGCAAUCCGUGGCCGGUAUUGCGACAUCGACUUUCGAUUCUGCGUGAGACGGCCUUGAAUAAGCGCAACCGAUAGCUAAAAUGUGUCGAUCGCGAUACUGAAAAGCAGGAAAUGCUGCCUUGAAAGUCCAGUUCAACGUUACAACAUAGGAAAGCAAUUGCCCGUGUCCACUGAGCCUCCGAUACAACUUUUAUUUUCACCGUAUAUUAAUUUAUCCUCUCUAGCCGCUGGUGAGUAAUACCGUUUAAUUCUGCGUUUGCGAAACAACGGUCUAUGCUGAUUACUUUCAUCUUUCUACCUCGCGAAUCGCUGGAAGAGCCCGCUUUGUUCUGGACGGCAUCUUGUCGCAGUCUUCUUAUUUCCUUGCCUCAAGAGUAACGGCUUUGUGAACGGAGAAACAACCACGAGAAGAUCCUUCGAGAAGAGAGAUUUAUUCAUUGCCAAGUGUUCCUUCAACGAUUUGUCGUUGCGCCGCGACUAAAAGGGGCAUUCAACGCGAAUUAGUCGCCGACAAAUGUCAGUAUGUCAGCUGUCCGAAACUCGUCCGCGCAAAAUGGCAGCCGAUUGUCUGGGUUACAGUAAUCUUAACAGGGAUUUGAGGCAGAUUGGUUUCAACAUUGACAUCUGGCUCUAAUCUGUGUCGCGUUCCAAUAAUCUAAUCGUCUCGUUCUGAACAGAGCUACUUGAACGGCAACAAAGUAGCUAGAAUGUUCUGAUAUAACCGUCUGAACGAUCAUGCCUUUGUUCCGGUUUCUAACGCUUGGAAUUCCCGAGAGACCUGUCAAAGGAAAAAAAAGGGGCAGGGUGCGGUGACAUUUCUCUUGGCUCAUCACAUAAGGUUACACGUAAUCGAGUAUAUAACGGUUCAAUCCGGUGCGAAAAGGAUCAGUAACAGACGCGAAUGCACGGCUGGACAUAGAAGUAUUGCGAGGGACAGAUAAUCGGAAAGGACGUCGCUAGGAAGGAGCCAUGAAGUUGCUGCUGCAGUUAGUGGCAUCGAUUCUCCUAACAUCCGUUUGCGCCGCCGGUUGGCCGUAUCGUGAAAUAGUGGGCGUUGGGCAAUCAGCGACGCCAGUAUUCGUUGCACCAGUUUAUGGAGUCGCACCUGCAUUGAGCAUAUUGGAGCCAGCCGAAGAGGUUGCAACGGUGGUAGCUGGCCCGGUAACAGGUACCACGGUCGUCGAAGGAUCGUCUUCAGGACCUGUGACCUAUCUAUCGCCUGGAGAUACAAACGCUGUGCUUCAAAACGAUUCUUUGCUGAUUACAAAUGCGACAGAGGUAUCAGCUGCGAACGAGGAUUCGGUGCUCAUUAAAGGAGCAUCGGCCGGACCGGUGACGCUGGUCGCUCCUUCCGACAAUCUCGGCGCAAUCGCCGAUAAUGCACCGUCAGCCGAAGCGGAAACAAAGAAAGGUGCUGUUGCAUCGUCAGCAUCGGCGGCUGUCGCAAUCGAAAACGCAGAAGAAUCGUCUGCAUCGGCGAGCGCAGCGACAAUUACCGAAACAAUAGGAGUAGCAUCGGCGAAGGCGGUGAUAGGUCCCUCCACUGGGCCCAUAAUCAUUGUUGGCCCGACCGCUCCGCCGAUCCCAACCACAGCCGCUCCACCGACAGUUGCACCUUUAACGGCAGCCGCUUCGGCUGCCACUGCUGCUGUCAGUUCAGCUGCCACUGCAGUCGCCAAUGUUUCUGCCACGGCGACUGCCGGGGGAAUGAGCAACGAAGCUGCUACAGUUAUCGAUAUAACAGAGUCCAGCAAGACCCAGGUUUCAGCAUCCAGUUCGAGCUUAGUGACGCAGAGUAUUGGAAAUUCCAUAGUUUCCACGCAGGCGAAGGUUAAUCUGAUUAGGCCUGGGGCUGCAAUUAUAGUAGCACAGGCACCUUCUAGUAAUGCCGUUGUAUCAGAGGGUGCGGUUCCCGCCACGCCGGCUUCCGAUCCACCGCGAACUGUUUCCGCUGCUGCCACCGCUUCCGUGCUACUAGCCAAGGCGCCGCCACUCUAAACAUCGCACAACGCUCGAACGGCUGUUUGUUCGACCUGUGUCGCACGCGAGACAGAAGAAUCGCCCUGCUCCUGAUUUACGAAGCGGUCGCGGCGCGGAACAACCGGGGAGACCAGAGCCUUUCUACAGACAGUUUUACGGGCCAGGCGUCGAUAGGCCGUGCUCGGGCCGCGAAAAGCCAGCGCAUUAGUUGACAUUGCGUUGGCGACAGGGCCGAUACGAAACAAGGAAGGGAAAAGUUGUGCAAGGACGACGGGAACCAUGCGUAGUCGUUGGCAUUGAUGCCUACGAGUCACUUUCUUGCGAACGAUCACGCUACUAUACAAUAAGCCGGCGAUCCUGCUGUCCAUUCGCAGUCGUUCGAUUUUCUUAAUUUCUUUCCUUGUUCUUUCUUUUUUAAUAAAUAGAAAAGAAGAGCUGAUGGUGUUUUUGCUUCGUUCUUUGGUCGAUGGAUGUUGAUCCUUUCCAGUUGAAUGCUUUUGAAUGAUUUCGAGCUUAGUUUGAACUUUGUUUAUAUAACGAGAGAUUGAUACAUGGUUUUCUUCGCAUGUGUGGAAAUAAGUAGGGAGAAUAGGGUAUGUUUGUUUUACAUUUGGAAUUGUUUGUUUGGAGGUGAAGCAGUUAUUUUGUUUGAGAUCUAUAUCUCAAACUCUAGUCGUGAAGUGAAUCGGAAAACUCAAUAUCUGCAUUGAUGAAUGUUUUAAUAUACUAAGGAUAUGUCUCAUAAAAUUUUAAAUAUCCAGAUAUAUUAUAAAUUGUAUUAAUAUAUGCCACACGUAACAUUUUAUUGACACUUCAAUAAUAUCAAAUUCGAUAGCACAGCGUUUCUCUAAAAAUAUCUAAAGAAUUAAUUGAAUAACUUUUUGGGAAAGAAACAAAAAAGGAAACCUGUCCAAUUGUUUGAAAAUUUAACUUGAAAUACACAAGAUUAAGCACAUGUAAAGAGAAUAGAAACGUUUUUCUGAACGUAAAGGAUUGUGUCUAUCGAUGUAAUUGGGAAAUUCAAUACGAUUAAAGUAAACGGACAGGAAAACAAGUAAAAUUUUCAGUGGAUAAUGGGAUCGGGAAACAUAGCGUUGUUUGAUUUGCAACGCCAACGAUUUUCGGUAUUGUUACGAAUGACAACAUAGCGCUCUAAUGAAGUGAUAUUUAUCCCGUUAAUCUAGUUAGCUCGCUAUUGGAGCGAUCUAACGGCUGGCGCAACCUCUACUUUAGGUUAAAUCAUAGCAAACAAGCCGAACCUAAACCAUACGAUUAAACAUGAAACUCAAUUAUUACCGUGCUGCUUUCACUAGGCAAACUGAAUGUAUCGAGUUGGCUCUGCCGUGGACUUUUGCUGUGCGAGAGGCACCAAAUGUUUGCCCGUUUCACAUUUGAACCUUGUCCAACCAUUCCAACCGGAAAUACUUUCGGCGGUGGCGAUCUUUGGGCGAACUUUAUUCGGUCACUUUGAAAUUUAAUCCUCUGAAACGCUUCCUUGCGAGCAUGCUUCUCUUUAUGCUUCCAGAUAUAAUUUUUAACAUGGACAUUUGUUUUCACGAAAUAUAUUAAAACCCUUUGCCAAAGAGAAACGGUUUCAACAGAACUUGGCGCUCUUUUAAUGAGUAUUAGAAGAAUGUUACAAUAGAAUUUUCUGUUGAAGGUUACAUUGAAAUUUAUAUAAAGAAAAGCGAUAAUCUUUCUUACAAUAUUUAGAUUUAAUUGUUUAAAUCUCGAACUUUACAUAGAACUAGUAGGAACAGUUUGUUCGAAGGUUUCUUUUACAUGAAGAUUUAAGGAAGUACAUGGAACUAGUAAUGACUAUUACAAAUUGGAGGACUUAAACUACUAUAUAAGACAACAUAAAAGCAAGAAGGAUGACAGAAAACUUAACAUAAGGAUCUUUAUCUGAGUAGUACUUGUAAAUAGCACUCUUUAUAAUGGUGCAGCAGGCGCGGCAUUUCUCGUUGCCAAUGUUUGAAAGAGGGAAGAUAAAUUAUUAUUGUCGUUUAACUGUCCAUUUGAACCAGUAUUAAGUCCUAAAGAUGCGGCAGGGGAAUUACAAGCGCAGCGUCCUUCAAGCAUGUUUCGUAUAUGCUUCAAUUCCGCAAUUAUUUCAGGUAGAUGCAACAUUGGUUUAAAACCUAUAUUUGGAAAAUGAGGCUCACAUUCCUUUGGUUUCAUGUUACCCAGAAUGUUGCCAAUAAGCCCCAACGCAGAAAUUUGCUGAAUCAUCUGAAAAGAAGAUGAAAAAUCACGUUUUACUAAAACAAAUACUUUUUCCACAUUUCAAUCGUUGUAGUCUAUCUUUUCAUUACAAAAUAAUAUUACAAGCAGCUUAUACCAUUCCUUAAUUUCAACUUCCGGCAUUAUGUUAUGCCACGCAAAUUCCUGAACAAUUUUUACGUAAUCACUGUUAAUUCAGUACAGUCACAAAACAUUGCAUUUCAUUAAUUCAUCUAGACUUUGUGAAAAUGUCAAGUCAGAGGGAGGGAAUUAACGUAACUGUUACACGAACAAAGGGCCUGAAGAGUACUCGCAAUUAAAAAUUCGCGUGCGUCUGAAUCGGCCCGUUUUUCUGUGCGC